UACUGUUACGUGAGACGAUCUUUAGUGACCUUCAGUUUAUUUGGUUUUGGCUUGGAGUGUUUUGGAAUUUCCUGACACUUGAGUCGGUAAGUGAAGGACACACGACAUUGCGCAUGUGCAGCAACCUUCUGGACGUUUCCUCACGUGGAGGGAGACACAUUCCCCUUGAGUCAGGUUGUCGCUAGCAACUCUCCAGGUGUCACUUCGUCGACUUCCAGGCGUCACACAUUAAGUCAUGGCCUUCAGAAAGUUUCUGCCGCUGUUUGACCGGGUGCUGGUGGAGCGUCUCACCGCAGAGACGGUGACCAAAGGAGGCAUCAUGCUGCCAGAGAAGUCUCAAGGCAAAGUGCUGCAGGCCACAGUGGUAGCUGUUGGGCCCGGUUCUGUCAAUCAGGACUUCUACAACUGGCCGGAUGAGUCAUUUGAAGAGAUGGACAGCACCCUGGCUGUUCAACAGUACAUUCAGCAGAACAUUCGCUCCGAUUGCUCCAACAUUGACAAAAUCCUGGAGCCCCCAGAGGGUCAGGAUGAGGGCGUGUGGAAGUAUGAACACCUCAGGCAAUUUUGCUUGGAGCUGAAUGGACUAGCGGUGAAACUGCAGAGCGAGUGCCACCCAGACACAUGUACCCAGAUGACGGCCACUGAGCAGUGGAUCUUUCUAUGUGCUGCCCACAAGACUCCUAAAGAGUGCCCCGCCAUUGACUACACCAGGCACACGCUGGACGGAGCUGCCUGCCUUCUCAAUAGUAACAAAUACUUCCCCAGCAGGGUGAGCAUCAAGGAGUCGUCGGUGGCCAAGCUGGGCUCCGUGUGUCGCCGCAUCUACAGGAUAUUCUCUCACGCCUACUUCCACCACCGCCAGAUAUUUGACAAGUAUGAGAAUGAAACGUUCCUGUGUCACCGCUUCACACGCUUUGUGAUGAAGUACAACCUGAUGUCAAAGGACAACCUGAUCGUGCCCAUUCUGGAGGAGGAGGUGCAGAACGCAUCGUCGGCCGGCGAGAGCGAGGCUUGAGACACACCAUAUAAAAAAAAAGAAA